AUGCUACGAAUUACAAAUUGUAUUGGAUUAAAGUCUCGAAAUUUUAUCAAAGUCGUUAACUCGAACACUAGGUAAAUUGUUUUUUUUAUUAAAUAUAUAUUUGCAAUAUAUUGCAACAAUUUUUUUUGUCUCGUCAAAGAUAUGUGUCAUACAAUAGUCAUCUAUCAAGAAAUUCCUGCAGACUACUUUAUUUUAUUUACACAUUCUAUAUAAUAAAAUUCUAAUACAUUUUUAAUAAGCAAAAAUUAUUUUUUUAUAUAUUAACUAAACUAUUGUUUAGUUAUUAAACUCGAAUUUAAUAAUUGUAAUUUUAAAUAUUUAUUUUUGUAUUAAUUGGACUUUGGACUUUGUCAGAUAAUUAAUUGGACUUUGACAGAUUAUUGAUUUAAUAAGUUAAUCCUUAGAUAAGGUAUGCUAUUGAAAAUAAUAGCCACUGGUAUAGUUUAAUGAAUAAUAAACAGAUGCACAAAUUUUACGAAAUUAUAAUGUAUUUAUAAAUAAUGUUUUAAAAAAUGCAAUAAAAAUUGUUGAUAGAAUACAUAUGAACAAAUAUGAAUAAUCUAUGAAUUAAUUUGUAGUACAAAUGUUAGAAAUAAAUAUAAAAAAAUAAUACGACUCAACACGAUCGAAUUCGGGUAAUAUGUAAUAUUAUCUAUACUUAUGAACUGUGUUGUUUGUGUAUGCAUAAGUGUAUGACAGUCGUAUUUUCCUGAAUUCUAUGUGGUAGUCAGUGUAUUAUACUUUAUUAAAUAUAAUUUGAAUAAUAAAUUAUUAAAUAUACCCAUUCAUAUAAUAUGAUGUUUUUUAGAUAUUUAGCAACACAAGCUGCUGUAAAAAAUGUAUCUGAAGAAAAAGAGAAAAAAGAUGUAGCUGAGUCAAAGUCUCAGUCUUUUGUUAGGAAUAUUUUCCUUGGUCAAUUAGAGACUAGUCAAAUAUUUCCAUAUCCAGAUGUUUUAAAUGAAGAACAAUAUGACACAUUAAAAUUAUUUAUUGAUCCAGUGGAAAAAUUUUUUGAGAAAGUAAAUGAUCCAAUGAAAAAUGAUGAAAAUGCAUCAAUAGAUGAAAAAACUUCGCAAGCAAUGUGGGAGCUUGGCGCAUUUUGUCUCCAAGUUCCUCAAAAAUAUGGUGGAAUGGGACUAACUAAUACCCAAUAUAGUAGGUGUGUUGAAAUAUGUGGAUACCAUGAUUUAGGUAUUAGUAUCAUUUUAGGUGCACAUCAAAGUAUAGGAUUCAAGGGCAUACUUUUGUAUGGUACUCCAGAACAAAAAGAGAAAUAUCUUCCAAGAGUAUGCAAUGGAGAAUAUGCAGCAUUUUGUCUUACAGAGCCAAGCUGUGGUUCAGAUGCUGGUUCAGUUCGUUCUCGUGCAAUAAAGUCAGCAGAUGGUUCGCAUUAUAUCUUAAAUGGCAAUAAAAUUUGGAUAUCAAAUGGUGGUCUAGCAGAAAUAAUGACAGUUUUUGCUCAAGUUCCUAUGAAAGAUCCAAAAACUGGUGAAACUAAGGAUAAAGUUACAGCAUUUAUUGUUGAAAGAUCUUUUGGUGGAGUAACAAGUGGUCCACCAGAAAAAAAGAUGGGUAUUAAAUGUAGUAAUACAGCAGAGAUAUAUUUUGAAAAUGUUAAAAUACCAGCAGAAAAUGUUAUAAAAAGCGAAGGACAAGGUUUUUCGGUUGCAAUGAAUGUUUUAAAUAGUGGUCGAUUUGGUAUGGCCAGUGCACUUUCCGGGACAAUGCGUUAUUGUAUUAAAAAAGCAGUUGAACAUGCAACACAACGAGUACAAUUUGGGCGCACAAUAGAUUAUUACGGAAGUAUUCAGGAAAAAUUAGGUCGUAUGGCAAUGUUGCAUUAUGUAACUGAAAGUCUUGCAUAUUUAAUCGCGGGUAAUAUGGAUAGUGGAAGUCAGGAUUAUUAUUUAGAAGCUGCAGUUUCUAAAUGUUUUGCAUCGGAAUCCGCAUGGUGGGUUUGUGACGAAGCUAUUCAAAUACUUGGUGGAAUGGGAUAUAUGAAAGAUACUGGUCUUGAACGAGUCAUGCGAGAUAUACGCAUUUUUAGAAUCUUUGAAGGAACCAAUGAUAUUCUCCGUAUUUUUGUUGUACUCUCUGGGCUUCAACAUGCUGGCAUUCAUUUGAAACAAAUAAUGUCAGCAUUUAAAAUCCCUACUAUCAAUUUAGGAUUGAUUUUUGAAGAAUUGAGUAAAAGAGCGAUGCGAACAAUUGGAUUGUCCUCAACGCGUAAUCUUACACACUUAGUUCAUCCUAAUUUAAACAAAAGUGCUGCAUUAUGUGCUAAGAGUAUAGAAACUUUUGGUCAAAGUAUAGAAGGUGCCAUUAUCAAAUAUGGACCACGCAAUAUUGUAGAGCAACAAUUUGUUCUCAAUAGAUUAGCUCAAGCGGCGUUUGAUAUAUUUACUAUGACAACUGUAUUAAGUAGAGCAACUGCAUCUGCAAAUAAAAAACUUCCAAGUGUGGAACAUGAAUUUCUUAUGGCAGAAACUUGGUGUUCUGAAGCAUCCAAUCGUGUGAAUUUUAACUUGAAAUUUGAUAAACAAUUAAAUAUAUUUAGUAACUUAAGCAAAAUUUCAAAAAAUAUAUGUGAAGCUGGUGGAUGUGUUCAAUUAAACCCACUAGGUUUUUAAUAAUGUGGUCAAUUGUAAAAUAAUUAAUAUAAUAUAAAAUUAUUGAAAAUUUUUUGAUACUUUUACAUAAAAGAGAUAAAUAAAUUAUUAUAAAAAUAUACACAUGAAAGUAGAUGCUGUUUAUUUUUCAUUAAAUUUCACAAAAUAGCGAAUUGAAUGCUUAAGAAAUAGAUGUACAGUAAGUUUGUGUGUGUAGCUUUUUUAUAAUAAAUUAAAAGUAAGUAAAAUUUUCCUGUAGCAUACAUUUAAAAAUGUUUAAUAACAUUACUUCUAUUUACGUUUUCAUUUAAUACGAUAUUAAAUAUAAGAAAAAAAAAAUACCACAGUAUUUAUUUUAAUUUAUAAUUAAUAUUAACUCUUGAUUAUCUUCUUUUAAUUAUAAUAUAAAUGCACAAUUUAACAAUAUCACAACAUUACACAAAGGUAAGAAUAUACUUUCUGAUCAUUUUUUUACUUGUCUAUAAUAUGGAAGCACAUAGAAUAUAGCCAUUGUACGAUUUAACUUUUACAGCAUCCAUAUAAGACAUUAAUAACAUUAAUUGUGAAGUACAUGCAAAAACAGAAUUGUGUAUUUCAUUACUAUAAGAAGUAUUACUUAAGUUUGAGAUUCAAAUUAUCAAUUUUUUUCUUUUGAAUUUAUAAAAUAAAAUUUAUUAUUAAUUGUAUAUUCAACAUUUUUGAUUAUGUAUAAAUCAAGAAAGAAAUAAUAUUUAAUAUUUGCUCUUUCACGUCUGAAAUUUUAUAGUUUUUUACAAUUUGGUAAUAAAUAUAUUGUAUUACAGGAUUUUUCAACUAUACAUUGGCAGUGUUUUUUUCCAAUUAAUAAUAAUUAGCAAUAAAUAAAUUUGAUUCUCAAACUUCAAGUUAUUUAAAAUAUUUAUAAGAAAUAUCAUUUAAACGUAAAUAAGAUGGCAUGAAACUAUUAUGAUGAGAUGUGAUUUUAUUAUUGAAUGUUUAAAACAUGAAGUUGGAAAGAAUUUAUCAUUGCUGACAGAUACAACUGUGAUUCAACUUUUCAGAAAAAUAGAAUAUUAGAUUAUUUCUUAGUAUUUGUGUUACUCCAGGUAUGCAAUCUUAUUUUUAAAAACAUAUGAAUUCUAUAACACGAACUCACAAUCUGUUAAUAUAUGUAUUUGUGUGUUUUUCCUAUGUACUAUACCUUGUGGUCUAAUAAGCCUUUAUAAGAAUAUUAGUAAAUAUAUUAUCACGAAUAAAAAGAAGCAUGGUUAAAGUCAAAUAAAAAUCAAUAUAUUAGAAACGAUUUUAUGAUUAAUAUAACAAUUUUUUAAUACCAUUUUCAUCUGAUAAAUUCUCCACUCUUUCACAUUACUUUUAGUUUUUAUAUCACAACCCUGAUGUUCCUUUAUAAGAAAAUAACACUGCUCAUAUUUUACUAAGUUGUCGACAAUUUAAUGAGUCAACUUGAAUUCAUUGGAAUGAAACUGACUCAAAUAUUGUCCAAUUAAUGUAUCAAUAAUUUAUUUCCUGAGAAAUUUUUGUAUGACUUUAUGACCAGUCUAUCUAUCAUGUUUUUACGAAAAUAAUAACAAUGGAAAUACAAUUUUUUGUAUACAUUUUUUAAUACAUGGAAACGUGUUAUAUCUUAAUAGUCUAAGUGAUAAUAUUUUAUAAAUGUGAAUAGCAACUGUAUUUUAAUUAAUUCUCUCUGUACAUGUAAAUAAUCGUUUAAAUUAGGACAUUUGUAAAACGGUAUACUCAAAAACAUGUGCUGUUCUAUUAUUUUAUGUUUGAGUAAAAUCUCUCAUUUUCGUUGCAUAUUGUUACUUUACGUAAAUUACCUUCUUAUGAAACUGCAUAUAUAGUGAACUAAUAAUUUCAAAUACUAUUUGCAAAUAUGACUUUUUAGUAGAAAAUUUAUGAAUUUAAUUAGAGAUUUAAUAAGAGAUUUCAAAUAUAAAAUAGUAAAUGAUAGGGAAAUAAUGUUUGUUAAUAAUUGAAAUUAAAUUUGUAAAUAAUUAAAAUUACCUCUAAUUAAAAAAACUAAUUUUAUAAAUACACAGAAUCCAUAG